AUGACCGACUCACCGGCUCAAAAACCACACAUCGCACAUACCCUCCUCUCUCGGGCACACUCCCCAGACACCGCAACACAGCAAUUCACCGAGCGGAUAAAACACAAACCCCUCUUCCUGCGCCCAACAUCACCUUCCGCCCAAGAUAAUCGCGAAAGACGCCGUCUGCAUCGUCUUCGCAAGAAAGAAUACUUCCUCCGUCACCAGCGGCCCCGGCCUAUGACCGCGCGCGAAAAGCGCAGCACAGGGCUCUACGAUCUCCCGCGAGAAGAAUGCAAGCACGCUCUUUUUAAGGGAUUACAUACGCUUUGGGUGGGGUAUAUGCAAGACAUUUUGGAUCUAAAGACCGAAGGCCGAAGUGGACUUGUGACGCCCUUGUCGCAUGGUGCGAAGCUUGUUAGUGCUGAUUUUCAUGGAGCUGAGUUGGAGGUUGUGAGGAGUCGAUCUGCCGGUCGGGUUGGGAUUAAGGGGAUUGUGGUACGGGAUACGAAGUUUACGUUUGAUGUGGUUACGGAGAAGGAUCAAUUGAAGACUAUACCGAAGGAACAUACUGUUUUUCGAUUUAUGGUCCCUCUACCAGUGGCGGAACAACAAGAGGAGAGCCAUGCUGGCGAGGGUCAGGAGAAGGCACAGGAGACUGUGGCUGAUGGAAGGAAGCCAUUAGUUUUUGAGCUACAUGGGAGCCAGUUUGAAACUCGGCCUGUGGAUCGGGCUAAUAAGAAGUUCAAGUGGCGGAAUGUUGAUUAUGUAUAA